AUGGAGUUUCUUGCGUGGGCAUUUCUUGCCCUUGCGCCCUGCUUUGUUGAUUCUACCGCCAUCGGAUAUUCGAAUUCAACACCUUCAACGGUCACGAGUUCUUCACUAAGUUUUGGACCUCACUACGCCGUACUGAAUCUGGAUCUGAUCAAUGCUUUCGUGGGAAGUAUCAACGCAACCUCACAGGGACAAGCAUUCAUCAAGAACACUGCGAAAUGGAUUGACGCCACCAUUUCAGAUCUUGGGAACAUAACAGAGUCUGACGUGGAAUCACAUCUCUACCAAGCCUUUAAGCCAUUAUCUGAUUACGACGUUGUUUUGCAAAAAACACGGUACUAUGCGGGGGCAGAAAACACAUUAGUUCAAAUCCUGCGCAAUCACAAAAUUAACACGGUUGUCUUGUCGGGCCUUCGAACGUCUGGUGUCGUGCUCACCACAGCCCAACGCCUUUUUGAUCUUGACUUCAAUGUAUACGUCAUUGCAAACAACACAAUUGAGAUGGGAAGUGACGCUGCAAUGAUCUAUGAUGCAAUCUUACAGGGAAUUCUUCCAAAGAUGCCACUAAAUGUCAUUACAGUGGAGCAGGCAAUCGAUGCCCUGUCGCGGUCAAAGGUGGCAUAUUAA